AUGUUUUAUAUUUACUUAUAUAUUGUUUAUAAUAACAAUAGAUAAUCUGAUUUGAUAUAAAAAAAAAAAGAUGAACAAUAAAUUUUACUCUCUGAAGAAGAUGACAUUAUAUUAAAAAAAAUUGAUUUUUCAGUUAAAUAAGGUGGUAAUUGUGUAAGUAUAGCUUUUAAUUCUUCUUACUCAAUCAUGGUAUCAACACAUAAAAGUAUUAUUAAUGUAUGGAAUUUUAAUAAUGGAAAAUUAGAAUUACUAAAAAGUUUAAAUUAACAUAAUGAUUGGGUAAAUGCCCUAGUAUAUAGUAAGAAAUAGAAUUCAUUUAUUUCAUGUUCAGAUGAUAAGACAAUAAGAAUUUGGAAGGAUUAGGGGGAAAAUGAUUGGAUUAGCUCAUUUGCAUAUGAAUAACAUACUGAUAGAGUAUACUGUAUGACUAUAAAUUAAAAUGAAGAUUAAUUAUUUUCUGGAUGUUUUGAUAAGAAAAUAAUAAUAUGGAAAUUAGAUUUCGAUAAAAAUGAAUUGAUAUAUCAAUAUUCAUUAAAAAAGUAUAAUCACAGAAUUUAAUCAUUAAGUUUAAAUUAAUCAGAAAGUUAAUUAGUAUCAUGUGAUGAUGUUUAACUGAUUAUUUGGUAAAGAGGAUUAGAUAAUAAAAUGUAAUUCAAAUAUUUUGUUAAACCGUCUAAAGGAAUUUCUGGAUAACAAGUAAAGUUUAUAAAGGAGAAUUAAUUUGUUUGGGUACCUAAUGAUGAAUAAGUUAAUGAAAUUUUCAUAUUUGAAUUAUAAGAAGGAGUAUAUCUAGAGAAUUAGGAAAAGAAACUUUAAAUGAAUGAAAAUAAGAAACUAUAGAAUAUGAACUUAUUUCCAAUCUAUUAUAAUAAAUAAAGGAAUUUGAUGAUAAUAAGGCAUAAAGCUUGCAUCUAUUUCAUAAGGGAAUAAAAAAAUGGAAAGUUCAAAAUAGUUGAAUAAUUAAAUUUAGAUACAAAUACUAUUAAUGGAGCUGCCACAAAUAAUGGGUUACAUUUUGUUUUUUGGGAUGAUUAGAAAAGAGAGUAUUCAAUAUAUGAAUUAUAAUAUCAAUGA